AUGUCAUGGACGACGCUUGGAAACGGGUCGUUGCUAAUAAUCACUGAUCUUAUGGUUACAUUGAUCUUCUGUCAUUUCACGGCUCCUCUAUCAAGACAUUACUUUGCAAUUGCAACUAAUCCUGGAGCACAGUUCUACAUGUUCACAUCUUUAUCUGCUUGGUUGAUCCAACUGUCAGGUAGACAAUUUAAUAUUCCACAAGAGAGAGAUGACCCAAAUGCUACAAUAUCCAGCAUUUUGGAAGUUAUUCGAGAAUUGGGUCACAGUUUGAACUUUUCUCCAGCCAAAUUAAAACAAGGUUGUGGUGAAUAUUGUAUUUAUGUGUUAGACCGCCUUGCAGAUGAAGCUUUGAAAAGGCAACACUUCAAAUGGGCCCGUCCUAUAUACCCGCAAGAAGAAGAAGAUGAAGAAACUAUUGUCGUUGAUGAUGCUGCUGAACUGACUCUUGAUAAACUGGAGGAUGAAGAUGCUGUCAUUGAUGAAAUGGAUAAUGAUGAUGACUUUGAGGAAGAACCUAUGAUGCGUCUGGACGAUCUUCAGUCACUGAACCAAGCAAAGCUUAAAGAGACUUGCAGCAAACCUGAGAAUAUCCUUGAGUCCCACACAGAUUUCGCAGACUGGAAACUGGAAGUCGAGAGAGUGACACCACAGUUGAAAGUUAUGAUCAGAACAGAUAACAAAGAUUGGCGGCUGCAUGUUGACCAAAUGCAUCAGCACAAAUCCAGCAUUGAGAAUUCAAUGAGUGAAACAAAAUCUUAUCUCACCCAAUUGCAAGAUGAAAUCACCCACACACUUGAAAAGAUUGCCAGUCGCGAAAAGUAUGUCAACAAACAACUCGAUCAUGCAUUGGUUGAUUAUCGAGCCAUUCAGGACCAGUUGGCAGAGAUCAAAGAACGAUAUCGUCAGGCAAGUGGAGGACUCACAGAACGUUCACGUACUUUGGCAGAGGUAACAGAGGAACUUGAGAAAGUCAAGUCUGACAUGGAAGAGAGAGGAAAUACAAUGACUGAUGGUGCCCCGCUUGUAAAGAUCAAACAGGUUCUGCAGCAACUAAAGAAAGAAUGUGCUCAGAUGGAUGUGCGGAUAGGAGUGGUCGAGCACGUCUUGCUACAGGCCAAAUUGAAAGACAAGAACAUUCAGAAUAAGCAGGCACAUACUGUAGAAAGUCAAGAAUUUUAA